GCUUCAACAAGUUCAGCAAUGUAGAAUUCAGGUAUCAAAAGACUUGAUUGAAUCUGCAACGUUCUCGACCUCAAGAUGUUUAGCAGAACGAUGAGAAAGUCCUUGUUGGACAUACGGAUACCAAGUGCAACACUUCCACCCACCUUCCUUUUACCAAGCCGAGCACGGUUCUUCAACUCUACAACACAACAUGUCGAAUCACCCAUCGAGAGCAGCCAUGCUAGCCCAUUAUCCGCGGCAUCUUUAAAGCCAGAGAAAUCCUCCAUCGCAUCUUCGGCACCGGCUGCGCCCUCCCCCAGCGUCACCCCGCUAUCGCUUUCUCCCUCAGUCAAGGAGAUGCUUCCUCUCCUCACUGCCCAACAAUCACACUUCAUAACCACACACAUUUACAGUCGGCCCUACCUUGUGACUGUAGGAGAUACAGUACGACUCCCAUUCCGUAUGCCCGGCGUGGUUCCUGGCGAUGUUCUCCGACUCAACACCGCUUCAAGUAUUGGAUCAAGAGAUUACACAUUGAAAGGAACGCCUUAUCUUGAUGAGAGGAUAUUUGAAUGCAGAGCGAGAGUUAUGGGCACCGAAGCCGAACCAAUGAGGAUCAAAGAGAAGACAAAAAGGAGAAAUAGAAAAACAAAGACCGUGAAGAGCAAGCACAAGUACACCAUAUUGAGAAUUGCCGAGCUCAAAGUCAAGACGGUGGAGGAAAUUGAGGGUUAGAUUCAAUCUCCUGGUAUUAAGAUCAUGUACACUUUUCGGUUGUCUGGAAUUGCGACUAAGGCUAUAGUGUGAGUAGUCUUAGGAUUGAGGGAAGGCCACUGUGGGAUUAUUUUGCAAUUAUAUUGCAGAUAUAUGUGGCAAGCUGUUGUCAUUAGUAACACAGCCUGUUCUAUAUGUUGGGAUGGGAUCAAUGUACUAUAUCAAAAAGACUCUGGAUCAGCGGAAGCGAAUCCCAAAAGGAAAUAUACACCAAUAUCUUCA